AUGACGGAAUCAAACAUUGUUCUGAUCACUGGGGCCAACACUGGUAUUGGCUAUCAUAUUGUGCGAGCUCUCUACAGCGCUGAAAAGCCCUACACUAUCAUCGUAGCGAGUCGAGAUCUAUCCAAGGGUGAGGCCGCGAUUACAGCUGUCAAGGCCGAGUUCCCAUCCUCGUCGAAUGAACUUAUUCCCCUCCAGGUCGACGUUGAGUACGAUGACUCCAUCAAAGAGGCCCAUGAUGCCAUAGAAUCCAAAUUCGGGAAGCUGGACACCUUGGUUAACAACGCCGGCGCUCAAUUCGACUCGCUAGUUUCAAAGGGGGAGAUGACGGAGCGUGAAGUCUGGAAUAAGUCCUGGAACGUCAAUACAGCCGGUACACAAAUCAUGACCUCUACUUUCAUCCCAUUACUGUUGAGGAGCACCGACCCGCGGAUUCUCUUCAUCACUUCGGGUCUCUCCACCCUCUCAGGUACAGAGGACAUGGCUAUCCGCGCGAAUCAAAGUCCCGAUAAGGGAUGGCCUAAGCGCGGCUUCACCGCGACUGCCUACCGCAGCGCUAAGACGGGACUAAAUAUGAUGAUGCGCAACUGGCACCGUUUGCUAAAGAAUGAUGGAGUGAAAGUGUGGGCUAUUGCUCCCGGAUUGCUGGCGACGGGGCUGGGUGGGAACCCAGAAUUCCUCAAGAAACUAGGAGCAGGAGAUCCAGCUGUGGCUGGGCCAUUCAUCCGAGAUGUUAUUGAGGGAGUUCGAGAUGCUGACGUUGGCAAGGUCAUCUCCAGAGAUGGAAUCCAGCCUUGGUAAAGCCUGCGAGAGCUUAUGCAGCCACUUUGGUUUAGUCUUUACGGGAAAUCGAACCUGCCUCGAGGUUCUGAAUUGCUAUUGGAAUAAAACCUACAUCAGCUAGUCUGGAGGGUCAACGGGAUGCACUGCUUUAACAUAAUCUAUACCGUC